AUGGCAGCACCGCAGGCGUUCCUCUCCUUUCCGGACCUGCCCGGACUCUCGGCAGGCAAGGAGGAGGGCAAGGCGAGCGCCCCGGCGCCGGCGUCGUCGUUCUCGUCGUUCCCCGACCUCGACCUCGGUGGCGGCAAGGAAGGCCGGGAACGCGACGAUCGCGAGCGGAGGAAGCGGCCACGGGACGACGAGUCGGGUCAUCUGCCACGAGAUCGAGAUCGCGAGCGCGAGCGUGAGCGGGACCGUGACCGUGAUGGCGAACGCGACCGCGAGCGAGACAAGCGGAGAGAUCGAGACCGCCACAGGGAACGAGACGCGCAUCGCUCGCGGCGGAGUAGCCGGGAACGAGAGCGAGAUCGAGAACGACCACGAGAUCGGGAUCGCGAACGUGACCGACACCGCGACCGUGGACAUGAUGACGACCGGAAUAGGGAAGAGAGGAGGAAGGAGAGGAAGCGCGAGCGUGAACGCGAGCUGGCGUACGACCUGGUCAAGAAGGACGACAGGGGCUCAAGGGAGAAGAAGGACGACGCCGGGGCGUGGUACGAGAGCUCAAGCAAGGCGAAGGACGAACGAACCCCGUCCAAGGAGUUCUUUAUCGAUACGGCCGGCGAUAAGAGCGUUAUCCAGUACGCCGUCUCGUCGUCCUCCUCCGCACCACGGUACUACCGCGAUGGCCGAGGGCGAGUACUUGGUCUCUCAGACGGGAUUCGCAUUGUGCACUCGCGCGACAGGACACAGAAGGGCAUCGAGGUUGCGCGGCUCGGCCGGCCAUAUAUACCGCGGUACUCGACCCGGCAGACGGCAUCGCAGGCGCGUAUCCUCCUCCGGCCAGCGGAGGCUGACGGUGACCUGCUGUCCAACUUCACGCCGUUUGACAGUGCGCCGCGCCGCCGAAUUGAGGAAGACACACUGCCGUCCUACCGCGCCAUUACGAAAGAAGACUCGAGCGACGAGGACGAGUUCACCGCGUUGCAGACCGUUCUUGGCGCCGCGUCGACUCUCGAAGAUGACGUGAAGUCUCGCACUGUCGAGUUCGAGCGGCAUCUGGCAUCCCACCCAGACGACGUGGACGAAUGGAUCAAGUUCUCGAAGCUGCAUCUUCGCCUCGCUCCGGACGCAGCAUCCAGCGCAUUCCUCGACCCAGCGACGCAGCCAACGACGCGCGCAAACGCUGAGGUGACGCUCGCGAUGCUUACGAGGGCAUUUGAAGCACACCCCUCCAACUUCCUCUCGGCGGACCUCCACCAGGCGUUCCUCGAUGCUGCGGCAGUCUACUGGCCACCGGCCAAGGUCACUGAACGGUGGGUCAACGUCCUCCGUGCUCUGACGGAGCGCGGUGCGACGGAGGAGAGCAUGAUGCCCCUGUACCUCGGGUACAUUGCUUGGCGGGAGGGCCAGGGGUUCGGCCAGGCAGGCGACGGCUCUGGGGGUGGCGGUGGCGUGGACAAGGUCGUCGAGGUGUACCUCGAGUGUCUUGACAGGCUGCGGUUGUCGGGCGAGCAAGACGCGCCGAGCGAGGCAAGGGAAGAGAACCAGGUGUACCUUCUCCUCCGGGCCUGCCUAUUCCUCAAGCAGACGGGGUACACCGAGCGCGCGCUGGCCAUCUUCCAGGCGCUCAUGGAGAUCACAUUCUUCAAGCCCGACCACCUGCGUGCCCCUCGGCCACCGUUCGACCAACAGCGCUGGUUUCGGGGCGUGCUCGAGGACUUUGAGUACUUCUGGGACUCGGAGCUGCCGCGCUUGGGUGAAGCAGGCUGCAAAGGGUGGAAGGCGACCCACUCUGCCGAUGACGACGGCGAGGUGCUGACCGAGCCGAGCAUGCCCCGCCCAAAGACCGGCACCGAGGACCCAUACACCCGAUGGCUCGAGGCGGAGCGGCACGCCGAGUCGGCCUAUCCCUUGCCUGGACGGGCUCGCGUCGUCGACACGCUGGAGGACGACCCGUUCCACACCAUUCUCUUCUCUGAUGUCGAGCCGUUCCUCUUCCCAGUGCAGACACCGACCGCACGGCUACAGCUCAUCUACGCGUUCUUCAACUUCCUGGGAUUGCCAUUCACACCGGCUGAUGUGCCCACAUCCUCGCCGUCGAGUACCGACCCCCACCUCCGAUGGGCGAUAUCCCAGAACGCCGGCCUGCGGAACGCCUUCUGGCCGCCCCGCCCGAGCACCAAGAAGAUCCUAUGGCAGACAGUCGGCGGUGAGCCAAUGGACCCCGAGCAGCCGCGCUCCCUCACAUCGCCCUUCGGCGCGCCCGUCAAGUCGUGGAUGUCAGACCGAAGGACCCUGUUUGGUGGGAAGGACUGGUUCCGCGACCUGUCUGCCGUCGACCUGGAGCAUGUCAACAUCGAUGUCGCAAGAAAUGGCCUCACCAUGUUACGUCCACUGGUGCCCGACCCGUCGUUUGUACUCUCGACGUUUGCCUUUGAGGCGGCGCUGUCACCGAAAGCAGCGGUCAAGGUCGCCAAGUCUGUCCUUUCCAGCGACCGGGACAAUCUCGCCUUAUGGGACGGCUACGCCCGGCUCGAACGACAACGCGGAAACCUUGCUGCUGCUCGGCAGGUGUACGUCACAGCGAUUCAAGCUGCCCAGCAGCGCGCCGGUGUUGCCGGUGCCAACCAGGCCGACUUACAGCUCGACACGGUAGAGCUAUGGGCCGCCUGGGCUGAGAUGGAGUGGGAGAGCGGUGAGGAGGCCCGAUGUGUAGAGGUACUCGGCAUGGCCGCGGGUCAGAACCUGGGACAGUUGGAUGUUGCCGCAAACCCUUCUCAUGACCCCAGACCGCUAUCUGCCGUCGCCAUACUUAAGGCCAGACAGUACUAUGCCACCAAGCCAGCCGAUUCUACAAGCCACCUGGCACUCACCUCCCUGUUCUUCUACCUCAUGGAUGGCAUCGAGGCGGUCAGGAGCCUGCUACUGGGCCUGAUCAAGUCGCUGCCUACCGGCCACCCACAGGCGGAGGAGGCCUACCAGCUCCUGAUUCGCAUCGUGUAUGUUCAUACCUCGCAGCACGCAUCCCCGGCCCCACUUGCCCGCGACAUCCUCGAGCAGGCGAUCGAGGCGUUCCCGAACAACACCAUGUUCCUCGGCCUGUACCUCUGGGGCGAGGCGGGGGCACGAGUAUACGGACGGAUCCAGCGACUGGUAUCGCAGCUCACGAGCAAGGACAGUGGGGUUGUCAGUCUCCUCUGGUCCGUCUGGGCCGAAGGCGUGGGAUCAAGCCGCACAUUCUGGGACGAAGGCGGUGGAGGUGCCGAGCGGGUCCGGCGCGCGCUCGACCGGGCCAUCAAUUCGACAAAUGGGAAGCACUCGGCCGCGCUGUGGAUGCUGUACAUCGAGUUUGAGACGCAUAUGGGCAAGCCUGCGGCCGCCAAGGCGCUGGUCUACCGAGCGAUUGCUGCGAUCGGGGGCUGCAAGGAUCUGUAUCUUGCGGCCUUCUCCCCGUUGUUGCGUCCGAGCUUCUCUCCGCGCGAGCUGCGUGCACUGUCCGAGCUCAUGGCUGAGCGUGGCAUCCGAACACGGGUGCCGACCGAGACGUACUGGGAGGAUGGCGACUAUGACGAGGCGGAUGUGGUGGAGGGCGAGGAUGAGGAGGACAUCGAGGAGUUUGACAACGGCGAUUACGAGUACAAGAAUCUGCGCGGCACCAUCGAGGCCGACGACGACGUCCCGACGUCGUCCUACCCGACCGGCAACAUCGGGCAGUCGACAGCGCCGAAGCCGGCCGCGGCGCGCGAGCCUGUCGUCCUGGUCCCCGGGACCACCGCGUCGUCCGCCGAGCAGGGCGGUAUUGCGGGCAUCCUCAAGGCGUCGUCCCACCCCGUGGCGCUCUUCUUCCUCUUCUUCUUCCGCUCGGCCGCGAUCGCGGUGUAUGUGCUGUGCGGGCUGUUCACAAAAGACUACGUCCUGUCGAUCGUGCUGGUCGUCGUGCUGCUGUCGCUCGACUUCUGGAACACGAGGAACGUCGCCGGCCGGACCCUCGUCGGCCUGCGAUACUGGAACGAGGUGGACGAGGACGGCGAGAGCUCGUGGGUGUUCGAGUCGCGCGACGCGAGCCACGUCGCCAACGCCAUCGACUCGAAGAUGUUCUGGAUCGCGCUCUACACCUUCCCGGUCGGCUGGAUCGCGCUCCUCAUCUUCUCCAUCUUCUCCUUCUCCAUCAGCUUCAUCCCCAUCGUGCUCCUCGCGCUCGUGUUCAACCUCUCCAACGUCGUCGGCUUCACCUAUGCCGACAGAGACGCGCAGAAGCGCUUCCAGAACGCCAGCUCCAACCUCUUUGCGCUCGGCGGGCUCGGCGGACUCGGCGGCCAGGUGCUUGGCGGCGUCGUGCGUAACUCGGUCGGACGCGUCUUUAGGUAGUACUAGC